UUUAAGAAGAUGUUGGCAAGUCCAAUAAUCGAAGCCAUACAUCAGGCCAUCAAAUGGGCAUCUGAAGUUGCGUGGACAAUUAAGUUAGAAAGUCAUCUUAAAAUGCGUCUAGUGGCAUAUGCUUUGGUAUAAUCAUCUAAGUGGCAUGUCUAGGUUGGACUUCCUCUGGAUCCCCUCCGUGUAACUUCUAGGAAUGGUCAGAGGCUGAAGAAGAAGGGUUUGAGGCCAAAUUAAUCCAGACAAAUCCGUAUGGGCAUUAUGCAUCUCAAAUUUAUAGUUUGUUGACAUGCCAGCUCUAGCUGUACGCCUAAGUGUUUGAUCAGAUCUAGAAGGACGUUUGUGCUUGAGACGUGGAUGUGCAAGGAGGUUUAUGCAGGUGUAAACAACAGUGUCAUGUCAACUGUGGGAAAGUCCACGAACAUUGCCUGGUAUGAAUGCAAAAUUGGGAAGCAUGAGAGGCAACAGUUACUUAAGCAAAAAGGAUGUGUUGUAUGGAUCACAGGACUCAGCGGGUCAGGCAAAAGCACUGUGGCUUGUGCAUUGAGUCGUGAACUGUACUCUAGAGGAUAUCUGGCAUAUGUCCUUGACGGUGACAAUCUCAGACACGGGCUUAAUCGGGAUCUUAGUUUCAGUGCAGAAGAUCGUUCAGAAAACAUACGCAGAGUUGGGGAAGUAGCUAAACUGUUUGCAGAUGCUGGUGUUAUAUGUAUCGCCAGCUUGAUAUCUCCAUACAGAAGUGAGCGGGAUGCCUGCCGUGCUAUGGUGCCAGACUCUUUCAUCGAGGUCUUCAUGGACAUGCCACUGGAAUUAUGUGAAGCAAGGGAUCCAAAAGGUUUGUACAAGUUGGCACGAGCAGGUAAAAUCAAAGGCUUUACUGGGAUAGAUGAUCCAUAUGAGGCACCCUUGAACUGUGAGCUAGUGAUACAGAUGAAGAAUGGGGAGUGUAGUUCUCCUAGUUCAAUGGCCGAACAAAUAACAAUGUACCUGGAUGAGAAGGGCUUUUUAAAGGCAUAGUUUGAUUCUUCCGGUCCGCACCUCGUGGACCUUGUAUUGUAGUCCACCACAAGCAACAUUUUUAGUUUGUUUAUUGAUAGAAGUGGCUUAACCACUAAAAUAAAGAUUGUAAGGCCCCAUGGUGUGGCCAAGUGCUUAGGCCAUUGCAGUCCAACGGCGAAAAUAAAACAGGAAAAAAGAACCAAGGAGCAGAGUCUGGCUGUCAACAAAGUCAGUAGGAGUCUUGCCCUUGUUAGCUUCCUCAUGUCUCAUCGGCAUGGCCAUUUGUUAAGCUGUUUUCUUAAAGUUUAUAUGAAGUUCUGCUGCUCUAGCUCAUCGAUUUGCACGGAGGCAUUGUAUUCUUCUCAUUACAAACUUGAGUCAAAAUUCGAUACUUCACACCAAAGAGAUGAUUGAUUUGUACCAUGGUUCCUCCUAUUUGAAUGCAAGGAAUAAAGUCACACUUUGCUUGAA